AUGAUUGGUCAAUUUGCUUCAUCUGUGCGAGAGGAAAGCACCGCACCUCCCGGUGAACACUGUCAUACUCUCAGUGGCGAUCGCAAGGAAAUGUCGCUCAAUGGCUUGGAUGAUGCCACGGUCAAAGAAGCAUACGACGCUGCGGUAGCUGAGCCGGGAGGAUGGUUCCUUCUAAAGUAUGCUUCGAGAGACGAAAUAGAGUUGCUGGGCCGUGGCAACGGAGGAAUUGUGGAAAUAAGAAAUAAAAUUGGACAAUAUGAGGAACCAUCACCGCUGUUCGGGUUUCUACGAUAUAGGCGACGGAACGUAGUCAUCAAAUAUGUACCAGAUGGAUGUUCAAGGUUGGUUCAAGCUCGCGUCACGGUUCAUUUUAAUGCUGUUACCGAAAAGUUCGCUCCAUACCAUACUAUUUUCGAAAUAACCACGGCCAAAGAGCUCCGUGAUACGACUCUUUCUGCCGCAUGCUCACUACAUACUGCCUCCGGAUCGGUCUCAUCUUCGACUAGUUCAUUGCGCCGACGACGUUUAAUGGAAAUUGCAGAGGAUGAGGAGGAGGAUAUUAGAAUAAAAAGGCAAUCCACAGUUCAGGAGGAGCGCCCCCCUACCGCACAAACUAUUACCUCAACAUCUGGGACCCAGCCAACAGUUGAUCCGACCACCCUGCCAUCCGAUCUACCAGAUUCAUUUACUUUCUCUUCCUUGGUUGCAGAAGGGGGCAACACUCUCGAAACAUCUCCUCCUCCUCCACGGAAUAAAGCACCUUUGAGCUUCGAUCUUGAUACUUCUCCGCCUCCUCCAAGGGAGCCGCGCGAAAUUGAUUUGGGAUCUUCGUCACCUAUUACAACAAUCGACGGAGUACCGCGUAAAUCAUCUCAGUCGGCACGACCUGAUUUGUACAGUCUCGCAUCUUACGAGUUUAACGGCAAACCUAAAGUCAGACUUGGACCUCGCCCUUCUCUCGAUGUAGGCAAAACCACCACAGCUGGAGGAACCUCUACCUAUCGUCCUGUGUCAACCCUUCCACAGGGGUUGAAAAUAUCUACAAAGGGGGGAUCGAAAAAGGGGCGAGCGAGUUUAAGCUCGCAGGAUUCUGGAGAGCCUCCCAGUAUGAGUUUGUCACCACCUUCUAUUCCUGAAAAUGGAACCUUACCCACGCUUCUCCCUUCGCGCCCUCACACAAGUGGUGGACGGCCCAACACCAGCUCCGGGGCCUCGGUUCGAUCAACAUUAUCAACGAAGUCAGCUGCUCCCAGUGCAAAGGUCCCAACAAUUACUCCAGAGAAGGCAAGACUUAUGAAGGCUAUGGAAAUGCGGAAAAGGCAGAUGAGUACAGGCGCACCUGCACAAGCAUCACCCUCUUCUCCAAAGUCCUCAGCGUCCACCGCAAAUCUCGAGAUACCUUCCGCACUAAGCCUAACAACAUCACAAGGCGCCCCGCAGGAAAUUCAAGAUACCUUGGCUUUGCUAACUAAUAUGGCCGAAGCAGACAAAUCCGCAAUCAUACUUGACACCAACUCCACCCUAAAAACGGACGACUCGGAUGCUACAAGAACCGAUUCCUACCCAGUAUCCCCCGUUGGGCCUUCAGAAAAAGCAGAAUCAACAAGGGCAUCUUCUAUUUCAGAGCUGACAGAUGAAACUGUCCAAGAAGAGCUGUCUAACAAGCCAAUGACCAAAGAUAACAUGGCCGAAGAAUUCUCCCCUGCUGAUUCGUCGGAAACUACUGAAAGGGGGCCAGUUGUAAGAAUAUCACUGCAAACUCCAGAAAUAGCCGACGAAGGCACUGAGGAAAUGGCUACCGUUGUUACCCAUUCUGUCUCCCAAGAUACAGUAAAGGAUAAUUUAACGGAUACCACGGUGUCAAACGAAGAAAAAUAUCCCGAAUCUGAUGUGAUAUCUGAGGUCAAACCUGAAUCGGCAGAAACCCCAGUUAUCAUGUCUAGUGCUCAAGACUUAAAUGCUAUUGCAGAUACUCAAUCUGAGCCUUUGCAGACUUCUGCCAGCGAGCCUAUCUUCAAAUCAUCCGAGAAAAGCUUGCUGGAGAGUCCUUUCGCUCCUGGAUACACUCUAUCACAAAAGAAGAAAGUCCACCGUAUUGAGCCAAUUCGAACUAGUUUUGAUAAGAGUAGCCAUACUUCGGAGGACAACUUCUCCUCUGAUGACGAGCUAAUGGAUGAACUGCAGUCUGCUGUAAUUGAAGAUGCAAAGCCCAUGUCGGUGGCCAAAUCUCCAAUUAGUCCUUUGUUUCCUCAGCCCGCGCAGAACGAGAUAAAAUUUUCAAGAACUGUCUCAAGUCCUUUGCAAUUAGCAAAUGCGAAUCCUUCACCUCUCUCUGCGCGACCUGGUGGUGACCGACCUGUUUCUCGGCCUGUGUCAGCUUCAGCAAACUUUUUAAAUCGUAUAAACGCGCAACCUGCUGCCGCACCGGUUAUCCCUAAAAAGAUCAGUGUAGGGUCUGGUGUUGCGAACAGGAUUAAAGCAUUCGAGAAAUUCCAAAAUCUAGCACCGGAGUCUUCUGCAGCACCAUCAACGUUAGGGCCAAGUCCAACUGCAGCCCCUGCAUUCUUUUCUGUCAAAAGAAGUACUGUUCUUGUUCCAUCACGAGCUCCUUCCAUUGCCGAUCGUACAAAUUCUUUAAAUAAGAAUACACCAAAUCCUAGUACUUCACGAGAGGGUUCGCCAGAGAUUUCUAGAGGGCGCGAAAGAGCAAGUUCUAUUCAGAAAAGAGUUGCUUUGUUGAAGCCUACGCCCGCUUCCGAACUCAAGACGACUCGAUCUCGACCUGAAUCUGUUCAGGUAACUGCUCGCAUCAUACGAGACCCUAAUCAACCAUUUCCUCAAAUGCCAGAAAUUGGCAAAGAUCCUUCGGAAUCCAAUGCUCUUGCGUUACAAGAAUCACCACUGAUCAUAGACCACCAGAAGGCGGUUUCUAGUCCUCCGAAAGACACGAUAACCGAGAGGCGUUUAUCAACGUCCUCGAAAACUACCGUAAACACUAAUAAUGAGAGGCGAUCAUCUAUUGCAAUGGUCAAAGACCUCAUCAACGACCGACGUUCUUCGCUCUCUGAGCGCCGACGUUCUUCUGUUAUUGAACCUUCCGCAUCUUCUCCGGCCGUUAUGUCGCCAUCACAACCUUCUUCCAAUGAUAUUAUAUCCCCUGCUCGGAGAUCUCGCCCUUCUUCAGUCAGCAGUCGUCGCAGCAUUGAACGUUCCGAGUUCUCUCCGCCGCCAUCGGCUAGCUCAACAUCUCCUGUAAAUGAUGAUAAGUCUGACAAAAGGUCUGGUCGUGCAAGUCGUAUCAUGAAGCGCAUGUCUUCAUCUCUAUCUUCAAGUCGCAAAGCCAUUGCACAUGCCAUCUCACCUACGGUCCGUGAGGAAUCGGAACCUCCAGUGUUUCCUGGUCAGGAAGCUUCAUCUGUUCCACCCCAACCAUCCUUGGCAGCUUCACCUACCAUUGCUAAUGAUCUUGGUGAUGUCAACGUUCAAUUCCCUGAUAGUCUUUUAUGGAAGCGUAGAUCGAUGGUGUUGGAUACUCAAGGGCUUCUAAUCAUCACAGCCGGUGCAAAUGAUAAAGGAGCAACACGAAGAUUUCAUCUUGGUGAAUUUAGAGCUCCUGAAAUUCCUGAUGUUGAUAUGCAAGAAUUACCAAAUAGUGUUGUGUUAGCUUUCUUGGAAGGUGGUGAGCUACAAAUUGCAUGCGAAGAUCGAGCUAGCCAGGGAAACACUUUAAAUGUUCUACGAGAAGCUCAUAGCCACUGGGCAGCUUAUGGACAAUAA